AAGUUGGACACUCAUAAAAAAUGGUGUAGUAAAUUGUAUGUGAUUUUUUUUAUUUCAAAAGAAGAACACCGAGAAAGAGUCAAGAAAAGAAAGAAGUAAAGUAAGCAUUUAGUUAACGUGUCCAUGGCUGAGAAAAGUAAGAUCCUUAUUGGAGGAACAGGUUACAUCGGAAAACACAUAGUAGAAGCAAGUGCAAAAGCUGGUCAUCCUACUUUUGCAUUGGUCAGAGAAUCCACUCUUUCUGAUCCAGCCAAAGCUAAUCUUUUAGAUAACUUCAAAUCAUUAGGCGUUAAUUUGGUCCCUGGGGAUUUGUAUGAUCAUGAGAAGUUGCUGAAAGCAGUUAAGGAGGUGGAUGUGGUGAUUUCCACAGUAGGUCAAGUUCAACUUGCAGAUCAGGUGAAGAUUAUCGCUGCUAUUAAGGAGGCUGGUAACAUUAAGAGGUUUUUUCCUUCGGAAUUUGGGAACGAUGUUGAUCGUGUCCACGCGGUAGAGCCAGCAAAAUCUGGAUUUGAAACCAAAGCCCAAAUUCGACGUGCUAUUGAAGCGGAUGGUAUACCCUAUACAUAUGUCUCUAGCAACUCAUUUGCUGGAUAUUAUCUCCCCACAUUAGCUCAGCCAGGACAAUUUGCUCCACCUCCACCCAAAGACAAAGUUGUCAUAUAUGGUGAUGGAAAUCCCAAAGCUGUGUUUAACAAGGAAGAUGACAUUGCAACAUUCACUAUUAGAGCUGUGGAUGAUCCAAGGACAUUGAACAAGAUUCUUUACAUUAAACCGCCUAAGAACCUUUACUCAUUCAACGAGCUUGUGGCAUUGUGGGAGAAGAAAAUUGGAAAGAUCUUGGAAAAAAGUUAUAUUCUAGAGGAUAAACUUCUUAAGGAUAUUGAAGAUGCUCCUCUUCCAAUCAAUGUGAUAUUAGCAAUUUACCACUCUAAUUUUGUGAAGGGUGAUCACACUAACUUUGUGACUGAGGCAUCUUUUGGGGUUGAGGCUUUUGAAUUGUACCCAGAUGUUAAGUAUACUACUGUUGAAGAAUAUCUUGACCAAUUCGUUUGAGAGUUGCAAAAAACAAAAAACAAUGUAUUUGAAUAAUAAUGUUUUUA